UUCUCCACUCUCUUCUCAGUCUUCCCCGUCGUUACAGUCUCAAAAGUCUCCACCAAAAGCAAAUAUCAAAAACCAUGGCUUCGGACCCUGACCCGGAGCCCCAAUCGGAUCCCCAAACCCCGACGAUAACCGAUCCACUAACCAACGAGUUCGCCACCCUCAACGACCUGACCCACGACCUCGACUCUCUCAACGAGCUCGCUUCCCGCGGCUCGUGGCGCACGAUCCUCGACAAGGUCGCACAUGCGCGAGCCCUCUCUUUCCUCCGCAAGCCGCACGAGCACCUCACGUACCUCGCCUUCCACGUCAUCGCCCUCUCCAAACUACGCCGUUUCGCCGACGCCUCCGCCGAGCUCGACACCCUCGACGACCUCGACGCCGCUCACUACCUCUACCAAACCUACCCGAAUAUCUACCCGACCCGAUCCGGAUCCAUGGUCCCCUUCUCGCUCCGGUGGCUCCACGCUCUCCUCCCUAUCAAGCUCGGCAAGCGCCAACUCGGCCUCGACCGAUUCUACGCCCUCCUCGAUUUCGUUCGCUCGAAACUCGAACUCAAGGAUGGCAUUUCCGGAAAUAUCUGGAAAAAGCGGGAGGGUUUUGUAAUCAACUCCAUCAUCGGCCACCACUUGACGAACAAGGAAUUCUCAGUGUGUUUGAAUUUGAUUCACUUUUUGCUCAGCUCCGAUCCUUCGAACCCUGUCUUGAUCUCGAAGCUCGGUUACAUCCAAAUGCAAAUCGGCGAUUUGGAAAGCGCGAAGAGCUCGUUCAAUCGCGUGGAGUCGAUGGUGGAGACGGAGAGCGCGGUGGAGUUGAAGAACCUUGUGAAUAGGAACAAGGCGAUGGUGUAUAUGGUCGGAAAGGACUACGUGUCGGCGGUGAGGGAAUACGAAGAGUGCAUCGAGAGGGACCCUAUGGACGUGGUGGCGAUCAACAACAAAGCCAUUUGCUUGAUGUACUUGCGGGACUUGCCGGAUUCGAUCAAGGUUUUGGAGAGUGCGCUCGAGAGAGUUCCCACUGUGGCGCUCAACGAAACGCUUGUGGUGAAUCUGUGUAGCAUGUAUGAAUUGGCUUAUGUGAAUCACUCCGAUAUCAAGCGCACGCUCAGUAAUUGGAUUGCUCGUGUUGCUCCUGAUGACUUCGAUUCUUCGUGUACUCGGAUUUGAGGGGAAAAGACCCAUGGAGGAAGAGGAGAGAUGGAAAUGGGCCCAUCACAAUCUAUUAACGCUCUUAAAUGGAGUGGAAUCACUAACAUUUCAUAUAUAAUAAUAAAGCUUAUGUGAAUGGUUCUUGUAAUAUUCAGAAUGCAAGGUUAGCCUCCAUUUAGAAUGAUUCAAACUCAUACGGCAUCCCUAUUAUUUUGAUUUGGCAUCCAUUACUGAUGCCAAGAUGCUUUAGGCAACUUUUGCCAAUGACUCUACUGGUUGUGAUGGGACUUGAAUAGAUGUUUAGGAUCAGUCUAUGAACGUCCUAAUCUUUUUGCAUCAUUAUGUUGAAUUCAUUUCUGUUAUACUAUUUUGCUUUAGUUAGUUUUUUAAAAGUUAAAUUCAAUAUGUUUGCUUAAUGAUUGGUAUAAUAAAUACAAGAAAGUAGUUGCGUAUGAUAUGAGGGUUGAGAUACUAUUUGAUUUCUCAAGACAAAUGAAUAACUAAACUCGAUAAAACAUAUGAGGAAAAUGCUGAAAGGAUUACAAAUUUGCACAAGCUCUCAAACAUAUGAGAUACUAUUUCAUUUUUUUGGGUUUCUAUAUCUAACACUAGGCAACCCAGUGGCCCAGUUGACCAAAUUGCACAAGCUCUUAAACUAGAAGUUACUGCCCUCUGCUGAUGACAAAUAAUGUCUUCACAAAAUUGUUUGUAUCAUCUUGGUAAACCAGGUCUAUCAGGCUAGCACAGAUGACCAGGGCUCAAUUUUGGGAUUAAAAUGAUGGGUUAUAUUAUUUUACAGUACCCAUGUGGACAUGGGCUCAAUUUUAUUGAUUCAAACCCACCCCUUUAGCACCCGCUUUGAACGCCCUAAGCCCAGAGACCACGGACAAGUCCAACUACCCCGCCAAGGUUUUUUUUUUUUUUUUUCAUGGCAACAAGAAGGUUGGUAACCGUAUUGGUACAUAAGCAACUGUGAGCUAAGCUCACACCAACUAACCUCAUGCACCUUAAAUUUUUUUUUUUUUUUUUUUUUUAGAUCAAAUGCACAUUUUUUUCUUUUUAAUUUAGAAAGAAAAAAAAAAUAUUCUUAAAAAAUAUCAAAAAAAAAAAAAAAAUUUUUAUGUAAGUGUUAGCUUCAAAGCAGUAUUGAUUUCAGUGGAUGAGUGCAUGAGAAAAGAGAGACGUCGAACUUGAAUGGAUAUCAGAAGUAGAACUCAGAAGAAACUGAAUAUGACACCGUUUUAGCAAAAAACAAUGUAUUUUCCAACAGAAAUAUCAAGAAUUAAAAUUUUGUUCUCCCAAUUAUCAAAUUAAAAAAAAAAAAAAAAAGAAGAAGAAGGGAAAAUGUCACCAACUUCAGUUGAAUUCCCCUUUCCUUAACAAUCAAAUAAAAAUAAUAAAAAAAGUCACCAACCAUCUUAAAUUAGGUAUACGCAUGACAUUCCUUUCAUUUUCACCUGACUCAAAACAAAUAUUUUUAGAACAAAUAAACCAAACAAGGAGUACUAGUAGUAGGUCCGCUGUGCUUGCCUUGUCACAGUCAGACACUCUUUGUAAAACCAAAGUCCAACUUGUUCCCGAUUUUUAAAACAAAUAUAUGAAAUAUAAAUUAAAAAAAACAUUCACUACCGUCCGAUUCUCCAUUCUUCUAUUAACACCGGUGGCAUGGACAUUGCCAAGCCCACCUUCCACCUUGAAAAAAGCCUUCAAGUUCACCAACCCCGCCAACCACCUCCUAUAACGUUAUAUAUAGUCACUAGUAAAAAAACUCCCUCUACUUUUCAAAAAAAAAAAAAAAGGCCAACAUAUUUUUGUAUCUUUUCGGUGUUCAGCACUUUGAAUCAAA